AUGCCGCGUACCCGAUGCUCACUGUUUGACCCCAUGACGACAUUGCCAGACAGUAUUCAGUGUCGGGGCUCUCCAGAUGCCAGAAACCGGUCACGGCUACGCGGACAAGGCUUUUUGUUUGCGGACUCGACCUGCUGCCUGCUGCCUGCUGCCACUUGGCACUCCUUGUUGACUCAGAAUCAAGACCCGGAUGGUUUCCCGUUACUAUGCAGCGGCACCUAUCAAACUCCGACCCUGGCGACUGGGGCGCAAACCCUACGCUUUUCUUUUUCAUAUCAGCAAGAAACGGGGGCCGAGACCCCGGCCGCGCAAUGCACAAAAUUUCAAAAGCUGAAGCACGCGUCUCGCUUCCGACGACGCGUCGCCACUUUUCACCAAUUCACCCAUCGCAUCACGUGGGAAUAA